CCUGGCUGGCCCUGAUUUUCGGGAAUGAAGUCCGCACAGUUGAGUUGUGUUUAUACACUUUUGACAAUUUUGACUCAUUUGAGAUUAUGUGUGAGAGUGUGUGAGCGCGUUUGUGUGUGUGUUUCCACCAUGAGUCUGAAGAAGAGGAAGUUCUCACUGGACAGCUCUGUCUCUCAGGAUGCAGCGGGACGCUUCAACAGCCGCAGAGGCUCCAACCAGAAGCUCAUUAAGAAAUAUACAAAUGUAGAGGAUAGUGGACUGAAUAUCCAGGAACUAAAUGAAAACCUCAACGACAACGUAACCGUCAGGGAGAAGACUUCAGCGGAGGAAUGCAUUGACCGGCGAGAUGGGCUUGUCAGCAACAAUAGUUUCCACAAACACAAUAAACACUUCCACAAACUAUUUCAAGAAAUCCCUGAAGGAGAGAACCCGAUUCAUACUUUCAUUUGCGCACUGCAGAAGGAAGUGCUUUACCAUGGAAAACUCUUUAUUUCUGAAAAUUAUGUGUGUUUCUUCUCGUCCGUGCUGCUCAAAGAGACCAAGGUGCUGAUCCCAAUAUCCAGCAUUCAGGAGGUGAAGAAACAUGGCUCAGCUUUUUCCAUGCUGUCGAUACAAACUGCUGACGAGGAGAAGUACUUUUUAAUUUCUGUGAAGAACCGAGAGAUGUGCUACAAUCUCCUACAGCCAGUCUACUCACAUGUACAGUCGAGUGUGCCAAGAACUGGAGGCAGUGCCAAAAGCAGCCCUCAUGGCUCCUCUGCGGAGAAUGAAGCUGAUUACCUUAUGGUGUCCAGUCAUUCCAGCUUUGACGACAGUGUGGACCAUGGUAUGAAAGGAAAGAAUGGCAAUUAUCUGGAAGACAACAACCCUCACUCGGCCAGUAAAGGUGCCACACAAAGCGUAUCCUCAACAGACGAGGUGGACCAAGCAUCAUCGCUGCUUUGGAGGAUUAUGGAGGACGUCACACAGUUUUUCUUCCGCAGACAAAGAGUGAAUUUCGGCACGGUCUUCUACAUCUACUUGAUGUUGUUGGUGUUUCUGUUGGUGGUGUCUGCAUACAUCGGGCUCAGGAUGAUAGCACUGGAGGAGCAGCUAAACUCUUUGACUGAGUUGUCCUUGGAGUACAGAGAGAGUGGCAUGGCUGUCUGUCGACCUGUUGGCCACUGAGGCUGAAAAAAGGAUAAGCGAUUACAUUCCGCCACAGCCGCACCCAGCCAUCAAGAAACAUAGUCAAGGGCAGCAAAUACGACCAAUUUUCCCACGAUUCAUUGCGUCAUUAAUACAGAAUUGUUUGCCUUUAAUGAGACUUUAUACAUGUAGCCCAUGCUUUCUUUACCCAAAGAGUGAAAAGUCGAAAAAGCAAUGUAUUUAUGUUCACAAAUAAUGUACAGGUCAUGUGAGUUUAAGAUGAGCACUUGAUUUGAAAAUAAUUAAAUAAAUAAUUUUUACUCCUAGAAGACAGGAACAAGCCAGUAGAGGGUAGUGUUUCCAUCUAAACAAUAGCAUUACAAUGUGAAGGGGGGGGUUCUUUAAUAAUAAAGUACCACGUUCUUGAA